AUGGGCGGUGUUUGGUCAAGCGGGAAUAGAGCAAAUGAGAGCAGGUUAGGGUUAAUCAAAAAGCCAGAGGAAUUAUGUUUCUCUAUUUCUACACCACGAAUUAACAAGGCCCCCACCUGUUUUCUUGGAAAAGCCAGUACAGUUGGCCUAGAAAAGGCAGUAGAAGUUUUAGAUACACUUGGCAACAGCAUGAGAAAUUUGAAUUCUCGAGGCUUCAUGACUGGAAUGGCAUCUCGACAAGACAAAAUAUCUAUUCUAGCAUUUGAAAUUGCAAACACCAUCACCAAAGCUGCAAAUUUAUUGCAAUCUCUUUCUGAAGAAAAUGUCGAGUAUUUAAACAAGGAACUUCUUCCUUCAAAAGGUGUGCAACAGUUGGUUUCUACUAAUAUGAAGGAUCUGCUUACUAUAGUUGCUCAUGACAAAAGGGAGGAUUUUGCUGUUUUCUGUUGUGAAGUCAUCAGAUUUGGAGAUAUGUGUAAAGACCCACAAUGGCACAAUCUAGGUCGCUAUUUUUCCAAGUUGGACAUGGACACUGUUACUCAUAAACAGCUAAGAACAGAGGUUGAAAUGACAAUGCAGGAGCUGAUAACUCUGGCACAACAUACUUCUGAACUGUAUCAUGAGCUUCACACACUGGAUAAAUUUGAAAAGGAUUAUCAAAGAAAAAUUGAGGCAUUAAUUUUUUUAAAACUGUCUCUCGAAGGAGAACAUGUCAUGAUGUUAGAAAGCGAGCUAAAACAUCAAAGAAAAUCUGUGAGGAACUUGAAAAAGAAGAGUCUUUGGUUCAAGAGUCUGGAGGAGGUUGUAGAGAAGCUUGUUGACAUUGCUACUUUUAUUCAUCAAGAGAUUUCAGAGGCAUAUGGAUAUGAUGGGUUGACAUCCUCGCCUAGAAGAAAAUCAGAAACACUGGGAGAAGCUGGUCUUGCUUUACACUAUGCUAACUUAAUUACUCGAAUAGAUGCCAUUGCCUUAUACCCCACUUCUCCUUCUGAUAACAUGAGGGAUGCACUAUAUAAUGGAUUACCCCCCAACGUGAAGACAUCCCUUCGUUCUCGGUUGCAGGCAGUCUCUAAGGAAGAGCUCACGCUUUCUCAGAUCAAAGCAGAUUUGGGAAUAACACUUCAGUGGCUUGUUCCAAUAGCUACAAAUACUAAAAGGUAGGUACCCGUUGGUGGUGAUGUUGAAA